AUGGAUGAUAUAUGGAUGAUGCAAAAUGAUUCAAAUUCCAAUAAAAUAUUAAUGAUGCCUUCAUCACAAUCACAAACAUCAUCUCAAUCGGAUUCACAUUGGAAUAUGUAUUCCAUAUUAAAUCCUGGACAAAUUUCUGGAAAUUUUGGGCGUCUUUCCGGAAUUACAACUGGUUCGUCAUAUUCACAGCAAAUAAUUGCUGCUCCUACAUCUGCAUCAUUAUCAACAUCAUCAACAUCAUCAUUAUUAUCAUCUCAUCAUCAUCAUCAUCAUCAUCAACAACAACAACAUCCAAAUAUUCAUUCAUCAUUGAUCACAAAGCGUUCCGAUUCGACAACAUCCAUUAAUGAUACGAUCAACACGACAACUUCUACUGGUGCUACGACUGCAACAAUUGCUACUGCUAUUAAGAAUAUGGUAAAAAUAGAAACUAAAACAAUCGAUACAACAAUUCUUGGAAAUUCCGUAAAGCCAAAAAAGCAAUUAUUUUUGGAUAUAUUUCUCGAUGAAGUUGUGCAAAAAAAUUUAUUUUAA